CGUGCCAGGAGUCCCUGGCAACACUGUUGGCUUUUGAAAUCUGAGGGGGGAAAGACUGUGUGUAGUGAGCCGGUAGUGGAGGAGAACUCGUAUGCCCCAGGAAGAGCAGGCUCUCAGGAUGGACUCUCCACCCUCUGAAGAGCCCUUAUUAGAUACACAGGACAAAAAACUGGAAAACCAGGAAGAAGAGAUGGAGUUUAAGGAACUGGAUGGUCUGAGGGAAGCCUUGGCAAACCUCCGGGAACUGUCCGAGGAGGAGAAGGGCGAGAAGGGAUUGCUUUGCUCCCGCAUCCAAGAGCAGUCCCAGCUCAUCUGCAUCCUGAAGCGGAGGUCAGACGAGGCCCUGGAGCGCUGCCAGAUCCUGGAGCUGCUCAACACAGAACUGGAGGAGAAGAGGAUGCUGGAGGUUGAGAAGCUGAAAGCCAAGAGUGAGCAUGCCCAGAAGCUGGAGAAACGCUUUAUGACCCUGGCAGCCAACCACGAGUUGAUGAUCCGCUUCAAGGACGAACACAAGCGUCAGAACGUCAAGCUGAGAGAGGAGAAUGAGAAACUGAGGCUGGAGAACAACAACCUCUUCAGCCAGGCUUUGAAGGACCAGGAGGCCCAAGUACUGCAGCUCACCACCCGGAGCGAGGCCCUGGCCAAGGAGUUGGAGACUCUGAAACAGAGGUGUGCCCAGGAUGCCUGCCAGGCACGGGCCCGAGAGAAGGAGCUGCUGGAGUGGCAGAGCCAGGAGGCCUGCGCCCACACGAAGGAGACAGAGCAGCUGCACAGCCUGCUGCACAGCCUCCAGCAGCAGCACCAACAGGCCAUGGAGCAGAUGGCGAAGGCCGAGCAGGCCCACAGCACCCUGAGCCAGGAGCUGCAGGCCAGGCUGCAGGCCGUCACUCGCGAGAAACAGGAGCUGCUGCAGCUGUCCAUGGAGAGGGGCAAGGUGCUUCAGAACAAGCAAGCGGAGAUCCGCCAGCUUGAGGAGAAGCUGGAGAUGGCAGAUGCGGCCAGGAAGCAGGCGCUAGAGCGGUUUGAGCAAGAGGCAGUGGCUGUGGACAGUAACUUGAGAGUCCGCGAACUUCAGCGCAGGAUAGACGGGAUCCAGAAGGACUACGAUGACCUCAGGUUGCAGUCCGAAGCCUUCAGAAAGCACAGCCUGGAUCUUUUAAGCAAGGAGAGACAACUCAAUGCCAAACUCCGCCAUCUCUUUCCAUAAAAAACUUCUGCUUCCUCCGGCCUCCAAUUUAGAAUUCAAAUAUUUGUGCCUUAGCCUAAUGGCGAGGGUAACAAUGGUAUUCCAUUUAUUAUACUUUUAAGCACAAAAAGCAACUCAAAGAAAAGCUGCUUUACUAUGA